CUCCCACCGCUAUGUAGUGUGUAGCUGCGCAGGGGCUGCCGGGCGCUAUGGACGGGCCGUGGGAGCCGCCGCCCGACGUGGUGCCGCCGCCGCUCUUCCGCAGCUUCUUCGCGGCCGAGGUCCGCGAGCUCCUGCGGGGCCGCGACGUGUCCACCAUCGAGGCGGAGCCGCCGCCCGCCAGCCCCAGCCCCGCGCCCCGCGCCCGCCCCAGGCCCCGCAGCCUGCAGGCGCCGGCCCCGGCCCCCGACCUCACCUUCGUGCUACCGCGCGCCGGGCCCGCGCCCCCUGCCCCCGCCCCGGGCCCGGGCCCCCGCACCCCGCCGGGCUCCCCCUGGGCGCUGCCUGGGCCCGGCGCCGGCGAGCUGGAGCGCAGCGCGGGGGCCGCGCCGGACGAGAGCUCGAGCUGCCUGUCCCUGUGCUCCGGCUCCUUCCUCACCUCCACCCCCCUCACGCCGCCCGCGCGCCUCGCCUUCGCCCGCGCCCCGGCCCCGGCCCUGGCCCUGGCCCCGCGCAGCCUGCUCGCAGCUGGCCCCGAGCCCAGCCACCCGCGCGGCUCCACCACCUUCUUCCUGGACGCCGCCCCGCGCAGCCUGCUCGCCGGCGACCCGGAGCCCGCGGACCCCCAUGGCUCCACCACUGCCGGCCUGGACGCUGCCUCACACAGCCUGCUCGCCAGGGACCCCCAUGGCUCCACCGCCGCCGGCCUGGACGCUGCCCCGCGCAGCCUGCUCGCCUGCGACCCGGAGCCCGUGGACCCCCAUGGCUCCACCACUGCCAGCCUGGACACUGCCCCACACAGCCUGCUCGCCAGGGACCCCCAUGGCUCCGCCGCCAGCCUGGACGCUGCCCCGCGCAGCCUGCUCGCCAGGGACCCCCAUGGCUCCACCGCCGCCAGCCUGGACGCUGCCCCACACAGCCUGCUCGCCUGCGACCCGGAGCCCGCGGACCCCCAUGGCUCCACCACUGCCAGCCUGGACGCUGCCCCACACAGCCUGCUCGCCAGGGACCCCCAUGGCUCCGCCGCCAGCCUGGACGCUACCCCACACAGCCUGCUCACCAGGGACCCCCAUGGCUCCACAGCCGCCAGCCUGGACGCUGUCCUGCGCAGCCUGCUCGCCGGCGACCCGGAGCCUGCAGACCCCCAUGGCUCCACCGCUGCCAGCCUGGACACUGCCCCACACAGCCUGCUCGCCAGGGACCCCCAUGGCUCCGCCGCCGGCCUGGACGUGGCUCAGCGCAGUCUGCUCGCGGACGACCCGGGGCCCGGGGACCCGCGCAGCUCCACCACUGCUGUCCCAGGCACAGCCCAGGGCAGCCUCCUUGGGGACAACUUGGAGCUAAGGGAUCUGCACGGCUCCACCACCUUCUUCCUGGACGCAACUCGGUGCAGCCUGCUAGGGGAUGACUUGGAGCUGAGAGACCCGCGCAGCUCCACCACCGCCGUCCUGGGUGCGUCCUGGGGCAGCCUGCUCGGGACACCCAGGGACCCGUGCGGCUCCACCACAGCCAUCCUGGGUGCAGCCCAGGGCAGCCCGCUCAGGGACCCCCAUGGCUCCACCACUGCUGUCUUGGGUGUAGCCCAGGGCAGCCUGCUCGAGGACGACCCGGAGCCCAGGGACCGGCGCGGCUCCACCGCCAUCCUGGGUGCAUCCCAGGGCAGCCUGCUCGGGACACCCAGGGACCCGCACGGCUCCACCACCGCCAUCCUGGGUGCAUCCCGGGGCAGCCUGCUUGGGACACCCAGGGACCCGCGCGGCUCCACCACUGCCAUCCUGGAUGCAGCCCAGGGCAGCCCGCUCAGGGACCCCCAUGGCUCCACCACUGCUGUCUUGGGUGUAGCCCAGGGCAGCCUGCUCGAGGACGACCCGGAGCCCAGGGACCGGCGCGGCUCCACUGCCAUCCUGGGUGCAUCCCAGGGCAGCCUGCUCGGGACACCCAGGGACCCGCACGGCUCCACCACCGCCAUCCUGGGUGCAUCCCGGGGCAGCCUGCUUGGGACACCCGGGGACCCGCGCAGCUCCACCACUGCCAUCCUGGAUGCAGCCCAGGGCAGCCCACUCGGGGACGACUUGGAGCCCAGGGACCCCCACGGCUCCACCACCGCUGUCCCAGGCACAGCCCAGGGCAGCCUGCUCGGGGCUGACCUGGAGCCCAGGGACCUGUGCAGCUCCACCACCACCAUCCUGGGUGACCCUGUAAGCCAGAGCCCUGUCCAGCCCAGCCCAGCCACCAGCACCCACAACACAGCAGUGCCCGAGCACCUGCCUGCACCUCCUGCCUCCCCCAGGCCCAUUCCCCCCAGGGGGAAGGAGCCUGCUGGCAGCAACAACACCACCAAGGGCACAGCUCCAGUCAGGCCGAGGAUGGCGGCUUGCAGCAUCCCGACAGCGCUGCAGGACCUGACCCCCACAUCCUGCAGCUCCCGGAGGGCCCCCACGGGCAGAGGCUGUGCCUUGGCAGGGCAGCUGAGCCGCAUGUCCCUGAGCAACCUCCGGCUCUCGCUGCAGCGGCCGGUUGGCACCAGGGACAUGCUUCUGGGAUCGCAGACCAAGGUCCAGCCUCCUGCACAGGUCCCGGCCAGCACCGCGGCGAAGCAGAGCAGUGCCAAGCUGCUCAGCAUCGGGAAGUGUUCCACGGGCCUGCGGCCCCCAUCCAGGCUCCCGGGGCUAGGCGGUAGCAGAGCUGGUCCUGGGGGCUUGCAGGCUCCUGUGGGGAUGGAGCUACCUGGAUCCAGCAAAGGGGCCGGGGCUCCUGGGACUGGACUCCCACCUCGCCCAGGUAGCAGGCGGCAGCUCGUGAAGCCAGGUCCCAGCAACCCGCCACUUCCUGCUGGAGCCCCCCAGCCCCUGGGGGCCACAUCCAGCCCCCAGGACAAAGCUCCGGGAAUCAACACCACGUACUCUGCCAGCCACGUGCAAGCUGCUGCCAAGGCUGCCCAGAGCAGGCUGCCUCCGCGAAGGGCUGUUGCUGGGGCUGUGCCGGCCACAGCUGUGGCACCGCGCUCCCGACUGCAGCCUCCUGCCAAAGCCAGCGCCUCCCCCAGGAGCCUGCCUCCUUGCAAGCGAGUCCGGCUGGGCGAAGGUGAUGCUGCCCAGGGCCCCACGUGCAGGGAUCCCAUGGCUCUGCUCCGCAGCUCUCCCAAUGUGGCUCCUCGGGGCGUGGGCGCAGCUGCCCCCAUGCAGUCCCCAGGCAACCUGCUAAACCGAGAGCUGGAGCAAGCGCAGAACGAACUGGAGCUGGCACGGAGCAAGCUGCAGAGGGUCCAGAGGGAGCUGGAAGGAGCCAGGACCGAGCUAGGUACGUUGCUGUUGCUGGCCCUGCGGGAUGAGCUGCGAACUGGCACCCAAGCACAGGCUGACCUCCCACCCCUUUUGCAGCGGAGAAAGAUACCCAGUGCCAGGCCUAUCGUAGGGUCAUUGCCGACCUCCAAGCUCAGCUGGAAGCAGCAGGCUCUAUGGCCGAAGGGUGCAGGCGCGAGGCGUGAUGGUGUUGCAGCGGAACGACGGUGACUGGGGCCCCUGCCCAGUGCUUUCACCUGGCGGCAGCUGCCCCUACCCCUACCCCAUGGGAUAGCCUCUGUGCAGCCCUUGCAUCCUGCACAGGGCCUGGGAACUGCUUUUACUGGUUGUAUUUAAUAAAGAUUAAAGUUCUCUUC